AUUCUUCUUCUACAUCCUUCAAAAGAAUCCUAUUCCCCUUCAACUUUAUGCCUUAGAUGAUGUCUCUAAUUGCUUAUAAAAUAUGCAGGCUAAGAUCUCUUUUUCGUAAUUUCUUUCUCCUUUGUGCUUGCAAGGUGUAGCAAUGGGUUUGGCAAUAUCAAGGCUCAUGAAGAUGCUUUUUGCAAGGAAAGAAAUGAGGAUUCUGAUGGUGGGUUUAGAUGCAGCUGGAAAAACAACCAUCCUCUACAAGUUGAAGCUUGGAGAGAUUGUUACUACCAUACCCACUAUUGGGUUCAAUGUCGAAACUGUUGAAUACAAAAACGUUAGCUUCACUGUCUGGGAUGUUGGAGGACAGGAUAAGAUUCGACCAUUAUGGAGACAUUACUUUCAGAACACUCAGGGCCUCAUAUUUGUGGUGGAUAGUAAUGACAGGGAAAGGAUUUCAGAAGCCAGAGAUGAGCUUCAUCGGAUGCUGAGUGAGGACGAACUGCGCGAUGCAACAUUGCUUGUAUUUGCCAAUAAGCAAGAUCUUCCAAAUGCAAUGACUGUUUCAGAAAUCACUGAUAAACUUGGUCUGCACUCACUUCGCCAGCGACGAUGGUACAUUCAAGCUACUUGUGCUACCUCUGGCCAAGGACUCUAUGAGGGUCUUGAUUGGCUGUCUAGCAAUAUCUCUAGCAAGGGGUAAUCCAAGAAGCCGUGGAAGCCCUCAAUACAGAAAGACACCUACAUAAAGAAAGACUUGAAACUUUCCUAUCCUAAAAGAGAAAAGCAUGCGACUAUAGAACUUCACAUGUUAUGAAUUAAUUGUUGUAAGCUGCUGCUGCUGCUACUACUACUACUACUAAAGCAUUCUAUGUAACAAAUUAUGGAGAUUUGAUGCAGUGUGAUCAAUACCAAUAUCAAUUAUUAUCUUCAAAA